AUGAACCAAGCGCAACUCCAGCAAAAACAGGAGCGACUUCGUCAGCUGCAAGAGGAAGAACGACAAUUGCGGCUACAACUGCAGGUACAGGAACACGCUGCGACGUAUCAAGUGGAGCUUGCCUGGCCUGCACGGAUCGUUGACAGUAACGGAAAUGCCCCGCGCACCAACAAUGAACUGAUACAGCAUCGCCUACUCGAAUCCGGUGUCCUGUACGAAGUUCCCGUACGCGUUGGCGCCACGGUCGAAUCCACCAACGCGUUUAUACAAGACUUGGAAAAGACGGGGUGCUUUAAUAGCGUUCGUGUGGAGGUCGGACAAGGUGUUUCGGACGAGGACGCUUCGACUCGUGUACAGAAACAACUCAAAAUUACGUUGGAUGAAAAACGGUGGUACCGAGUCAACGCCGGUGCCGGGGUGAAAACAGAUGGUUGGCUGCGACCAGAAACGGCCGUCAAUGAUGGCUUUUUACCGACUGCUGAAAUCGACCACAGUCUAGCGAGUCCCGAAUACACGCCCGAUUUAUAUUACGGCGUCGAAUGGUCGUUGUUAUCGCGCGACUUGGUACCACGCCGACAGUCGAAAAUGCCGUACGCCAUGGAUGCAUCACCUGAGGUUGUUUCCCAAGCCGGACCGUCAUUGAAACAUUCCAUUCUCGCUGAAUUUCGAAGUAACGGCGAACUGUUGGAUCAUCCCUACAGCCCUACAGGUGGCGUUGAGAUGCACGGGUCGGCUGAAGUCGCGGUGCCACCAGGUAGUGUUGGGUUCGUCAGGUGCAACGGUGGGUUUGGCAUUCAUAUGCCUCUUCUGCAAAGCCUUUCGGUGCAUUCUAUAUUCAAUGCGGGCUACCUCAAAGCGCUUUCCUUUGGUGGCCUUUGUCGGCCACCGACCCUGUCGGAUCGGUAUUACGUGGGUGGCCCCUUGCGGUUCCGAGGCUUUGUCCCGGCGGGCAUUGGCCCCCGUACCAAACACGGCGGCAGCAGCACACCGGGCGGUGAUGCCGUCGGUGGUGACUUUUUCUACACAGCCACCGCUAUGGCCUCGAUUACACCGACGAGUGGAAUCCAAUCUGUCGAUAGCCUGCGAUUGCGCGUAGUACUAGGGUAA